AUGAAGGAGGGAACGACUGGCAUUGUAGCACUCUUGAUAUCCAUAUCACUGGCUCAUCAUUUCCUCCACAGCAGUGUAGUAUCAGAAGUGCUUUUCCCACCGCUAGCUUUUAUUCUAUCGAGCUUUUUGUUGGUUCUUCUCGGCGUGCAGUAUUUCAUGGGAAAUUGCCAGAAACCACAGUCACCGACAAGCAUCAGUAGUAGUACCGGUAGUAGUAGUGAGGAAGCACAAAAGGACAAAACUCAAAAGAUGCCUUCAGGUGACAGCGUGUUCUCAAAGUUUCUGAUUUUGGAACGAGACGACAUUUCCGUGGAGAUUUUUCAAUGGCUCGAUAGUCGAGACCUGGUCGCUUGCAGCCAAGUCUCAAAAGGCUUUCGACACGUGUUGCGGACAUCAUCGAACCAUGCACCCGGAAAUUUUUUGUGGUACUGCCUCUAUUGUACCAAGUAUCGAGCCAAGUUUGUGACGCCCCCGUCGUUCGAGGCGCUGCUUCAGGGGACUACAUGUAGCAACACGGAACUCCCAUUGGAUGCGUUUUCCUGGAAAGAGUUGGUCCUCCAACGACAACGAUCGGCAAAUUAUUUUACACCCGGACACCCCUGCAUUCGUGCGUUACCAACCGAACUUCAAAUCGCUGCAGGAACACAACCGGGCAUGCUCGACAUUGUCAAUACCACACGCCCUCCGACGCAGUACACCGUUUUGUUUGGUUCCAUGAGUGCCGUUGUCUUUCAACGGCAUGUCCGGGACAUGGCGCUUCCACUUUCCAACAGGCGUAGUAUUGCCUACAUUGAAUUGUAUGUCCGCGGUGGUGGCAGUUGUGGAUUGGUGUCGUCGGGUCGACAACCGCGAACGUUUGGACGGCAAGCCCUCAAUGCACACAUUGGUUGGGCUCCCGGAUCGAUUGGAUAUCACGGCGAUGCCGGAUACAUCUUUUGCUGUUCCGAGGAAGAUGGACGUCAAUUUGGGACCAUUUCCAUGACGGGAGAAAGCUCGGAAGCGUCCGCACGCACAUGUCCUGGAUUCGCCAAGGGCACCUACUGCUAUUUCGCCGUUUGUCUUCACGACCAAGAAGAGUUUUGUUCCGUCAACUUUGGGACACAGAGAUUUGUGUUUGAUAUUGAAAAGUAUUCCCAGUUGCCACUCCCCACAGAAACAACCUUGCAACUAUAA